AUGUAUCUAGCUCGACCGGUGCAAAUGGGCCAGCAUAAUCUGGCUCGUAAUACGUCAAAAUCGCGAGCACCACCUCCUCCACCAAUAGCACCCCCGCCACCUGAGUUACCACAAAAAUUGAAAGAGAAAUCGAAGCCAGCUCCUCAAUUGGUAGCGGUGAAGCCGAUAUUUGAUCGAGACAAGCUUUUGGAUGAAGUUCGUUGCGGUGUGCAAUUGAGGCAUACGCUUACCAACGACAAAAGUGCACCGACUGGUGUUGGACGUGUACGAAGUGGUGGUUAUUCACCUCCACCUGAUUCUGUCGCUUCCACUUCUGCGUAUAAUAAUCGACCAGAUGCUAAGAAACCUGUUUUUUAUGGAAAAAAUAUCGAGAACACAAAUGUACCGCCGGUACCACUGGCACCGCCACCUCCAAAAGCACCACCACCUGCAGCUCUACUGAAACUUGGCGGUAGCGCCAAGUUUGACCGCGAUAAAUUGCUCAACGAAAUUCACGGUGGUGUACAAUUGCGCAAAACUGUAACCAAUGACCGAAGUGCCCCUAUUGGUGUCGGAAUUGUGCGUAAUGAUUUGAGCCGUACAGCAUCUCCCGUUCCAGAAACAUUUGCGUUAUCAAACUCAACGACAAAUCUUGCCGCUACAUCUGUCCCACCACCACCUGUGCCACCUUCACCGUCACCGGACUUCCUAUCAUCUCAUGUGCAGCAGAAUAAAACCACGAAACCGAUCACAAAUCCUGCACUGCUAAAGCUUGGCGGUAAACAACCAAUAGACCGCGAUGCACUGUUAGCAUCGAUACGGGGUGGGGUUAAGUUGCGUAAAGUGGAAACAAAUGAUCGUAGUUCACCGUUUCCGGUUAGCCGUGAUACAUCUCCAGAUCGACAUACUCCAGUGGAACCUGCCAUGGCACCGCCACCGCCUCCCUUACUUGUGCCACCACCACCUCCGAUUCCAUCAGCAGAACCCCUCCGACGAUCACGAUCUCCGAAACCAGCACUGAUGAAGUUAGGCGGUAAAGUUACUGUAGAUCGAGAUGAGUUGUUGCGUUCCAUACGACAAGGCGUCAAACUGAGGAAAACCAUUACAAAUGACAAAAGUUCUGCAAUAAUCAAUGAUGAUGAUUCCGGUGUAAGGUCCCCAGGGCGAUCGUCACCUUCGACGUCAAAUUAUGAGGAUGAUGUUUACGGUAGUCAAAGCCUGAGUGAUCUGUCCAGUAUUGGUACCUCAAGGUUUAGCUCUCUUUCAAAUAUUCCUCCUGAGAGAUCAAAUGACUUGUUCUUUGCUUCACCAGUUGUUCCGGAAGCUGGUAUCAGAAUAGGUGCCACAUCAAAUUCUUCCCACACCUCAUCUCCUACAAAAUCACCAUUAAAUCGACUACCGAUGAUCAAUGUUAGUGUUGAUGUAGAAAAUUAUGACGAUGAUGAUGUUAGUGAAGAAUAUGAACCGGAAACGGUAACAUUGCAAUUAUCAAGAAAGCAGAAAGCUGAUGAAUGCUAUUCGUCACCAAUACCAACUCGUAAACAGAUUGAAGCUGAAAUUCCUGCUGGUUCAGCUCGCGAUCGAAUCAAAAUGUUUGGUGGUACUGAGCGAGAGGAAUCGCAUAGCCCCGUGCGAAACUUAAGCAAAUCCAGGAAAUUAGAUGGGGAAGUAAACAAUAGUGAAUCUAGUAUCUCCCGGAUGAGAAAAUUUUUUGGGGACACAGCUGUGGAACAGUCCCCGACUUCUGCUCCAGCAAAACAUACCAAAGAGCAGGAACAAGCAGCAGCAGCAACAGCUGAAAGCGAAAGUAGUAUCCGGAGAAUGGUUCGUAAAUUUUCCACUGAUGACGAAUCCAAUAAAGCUUCUCAGCCGAUUUGGUAUCAGAAGAAAGAGGAAAAAGUCAUUGAAGAGGGGAAAAAGACACCGUUAGCAAAACAAAAAACCUCAGGUACCAAAGAUUCAGUGAAAAAGAAAUCAAGUACGAAGGGAUCAAAAUUACGACGAAAAUCAUCAGCUAAAAGUGAACAACAAAUAGCAAUAUCCCGAAAAACUUAUGCAGCUCCAACGAAACCUGAAGAAGUCGUAUCGAAACUGUCCCAUGAAAUAGAGGAUGAAACAGAGGAACAAAAUAAUCAUUUGAUACGGGCUGUGCCAAAAGUGGAUAUCUCAAAAUUCAAGGAACGAUUCGAGAAUCCACCUGAAACGUGUUUAACAACCGAAGAAACAGUCAAACCAGGUCGGAUCAAGAAACCGCCAUGGAUCAAAGAUAAUGAAUCGCAGCCACCUCCAUUACUAUCUAUUGCAUGCAAAACUGAAGAAGCACCUCGACCUUCGUGGAAAAGGAUCACUGAAUCGGAUGAAGUUAAGGAUUCACUAAGGAAAACUGAUAUGAAACCAUCUCAUAAGCAGAAUUCAUCGGAUCAUGAAGGAUCUGCAAAGCCUUUGCAUGCUUUAACAUCAACAAAAAGUGGUUCAACUGGUACCACAAAGAAGGCUGUAUCAGGUUUCAAAAAAAACGAUAAAGUGUCACCAGUAUCAUCAUCUUCACCAAUUAAGUCUUCCAAAAAAGACAUGGUAAACGUACCAGUAGUAGUAGAGGAAGAAACUACAAUACCAACAAGAGAAGGUGUUGGACCGUAUCGUUACACACGAAAAACUAGUGCUGCGGAUAAAAAACCAGCAACGAAGAAAAAUUCGAUCAGUUCAAAGGAAACUUCAACAUCUAAUAAUGGAAAUUUAUUGAAUGCGAUAUCAAAACCAUUCGGAACAAAUCUUUCUACAACUGGUCAAACAACUACCAUUGGUGCGGAUGAUAUGAAAGACGAAUCAAAGAUAACACCAACCAGUCGACACUUUGUUUGGAAGAACAAAGUUCAAUCAAAAGUAUCAACAGAUCGAGAACGCGAUGAAGCGUUCGGUGACAGAACAACUACUUCUGCUAAUUCUAAAACAACUACUGUUUAG